AUGCCGAAGAUGAAGGCGAAGACGGAAGAGAAGGUGCUCAGCGCCUUCGAGCGCCGACGACUCGAGAAUAUCGCAGCAAACCAGACCAUCUUGAAGGAUCUGGCGAAUACAUCCAACAAGAUCAUGCCCGACAAACCCAAACCGGCACCGAGGGCGUCCAGGUCCGCAACCGUUAAGAAGGAAGCGCCUGCCACGCCUGCGGGGCCGACCCGUCGAAGCGCGCGAGUCGCCGGUCUCGACGCAGAUAACGAGACGCUCAAGCGCAAAUACGAAGUCGAGCUGGAAGACCAGGCCGCGAAGGAGAAGGCAAAGAAGACACGGGUCAGCGGUGACCUGAAGUUGGGCGACAUUGCCGUGGACGGAAAGAAGUGGAAUCAUGGCAUGGAGAGCCUGGGUGCUCUGCUUCCGAGAGGCGCACAGCCCGGCGUACCGACCUUCACAGGCGACGACGUCGAGAAUACUUCAGACAAGGACUUGAAGGAGUUGCGCCAGAGGAUGAAUGGUCUCGAGCUUUACGAGAAGUGGAGUCCCCACGAUAUCAAGAUCUGCCCUCUUCGUAUCUACAGUUCAGCUUUCCACCCUACGGAAGAGAAGCCUCUUAUUUUUGCGGGCGACAAGGAAGGAGCUCUCGGCGUUUUUGAUGCUUCUCAACCUGGCCCCAAGGUCGAAGACGACGAGGAGGCCGAAGACUCGUGGUUCGAGCCGGUCAUUGGCGCCUACAAGUUGCACACGCGAACUAUCACCUCAAUCCUGGUCUCUCCCUUCGACCACCAGAAGGUAUACACCUCAUCCUAUGAUUCGACCAUCCGCGUUCUUGAUUUGCAAGGGGACAUGUGUGUCCCAGUUUGGGAACCCCAAGACAAGGAAGACGACGUACCUUUGUCCGGUAUCGAUGUGCCGCUUGACGACAAAAACCUCAUCUACUUCUCCACAUUGCAGGGAGGUGUGGGGAGAGUCGACAUUCGCGCACCGAAGGAGACAGAGAUUUGGCCUCUUUGCGAUAAUAAGAUUGGUGGUUUCUCUCUUUAUCCUCGAGAACCUCACCUGGUGGCAACAGCCUCGCUUGAUCGCACCGUCAAGAUUUGGGACACUCGCAACAUUAAGGGCAAGGGCGAUAUGAGAUAUCCAGAGAUGAUCUAUGAGCACGACAGUAGGUUGUCAGUGUCUCACGCUGCAUGGAGCUCGGCCGGUCACAUCGCGACAUCGUCGUACGAUGAUACUAUCAAGAUCUACAACUUCGCCGACAAGGACGAGUGGGACAAGACGGGCAUGGAGCCGGCGCAUAUUGUCAAGCACAACAACCAGACGGGACGAUGGGUAACCAUUCUCAAGCCUCAGUGGCAGAAGCGACCAAAGGAUGGGAUCCAAAAGUUCACGAUUGGCAAUAUGAACCGGUUCGUCGACGUCUACGCUGCUAAUGGAGAGCAACUCGCCCAACUCGGAGGCGACGGUAUCUCUGCAGUUCCUGCCGUUGCUCAAUUCCACCCAACCAUGGACUGGGUCGCAGGCGGCACUGCGAGUGGAAAGUUGUGUCUGUGGCAGUGA